CAACUUUGUUUAUUUUCACGCUCUUGAAUAUGAAUGAAAUUCUUGCCUCGGUUGUGCGUUUGACAAGGGGCCAUGGAAAGUGCAUUUGGUCAUGAUUUGGGGCCAGAGAAAAUUUUCCCCGGCCUCUUGGUGAACUGCUCGAGUGAGGCAGAACUGCCUGUAACGAAGGAGGAUCAGUCGACCCAACCCGGAAGCACCAGAAAGGCUUUUGUUGUGGUCGGAAUAGUCUUUGCCCUCUCUGUGCUGGCUUUGAUUUACGUUUAUCACUGCUUUCCUGAUCUGGAAGAGGAAGAGAAGCAACACAUCAAACUUCCUCGGGACAUAGAUGAUGCAAAAAAUCUCGGGAGAGUCCUGUACAGAUACAAGGACAAGUAUUAUUUUGAGGUUUUGACUGGAGUUUUUGUCUCAUAUAUUUUUUUGCAAACUUUUGCAAUACCGGGAUCAAUAUCUCUAUCGAUCCUCUCAGGGUUUUUGUUUCCAUUCCCGCUUGCCCUCGUCCUAGUCUGCUUCUGCUCAGCAACAGGGGCCACUUUUUGCUACCUCCUGUCAUUCCUAGUCGGACGAAGACUUGUCUACAAGUAUUUCCCGGACAGAGCUAGAUCCUGGGCAGACACGGUCAACAACCAACGAAGCAAUCUCUUAAAUUAUAUGAUUUUUCUGCGGAUAACACCCUUCCUGCCAAAUUGGUUCAUCAACAUCACGGCUCCUGUGAUUGAUGUGCCGAUGCUGCCCUUUUGGCUUGGCACAUUUAUAGGAGUUGCACCUCCGUCAUUUGUGGCGAUCCAAGCAGGGACCACCCUUCACCAAUUGGCGUCCAGUGGUGAUGCUGUCUCGUGGACUUCGAUCACGCUUCUGGCAAUUUUCGCAAUACUCUCUUUGGUGCCAGUAUUGCUCAAGGCCAAAUUGAGAGACAAGUUUGAGUAAAAAUUGGUCCAUGGUGUUCAGUGUACAUGUGAUGUUAUAGGUUUGCAUUUUUUAUAUGUUUACUGUUAUACUUUUGAAUUUUCAUUUUUAUUUGUCAAUAAAUUUAGCGUUUAUACCGAAAACAAUACAUGGAAAAUUUUCCUUCAUUCAUUUAAAUAUUUUAAAAAAAUUAUCUAUGUUUCAGUAUAAUUAGUUUUUAUAAGCAUCAAGCUCUUUGGCAGAUUAAGAAAUUAAAUAAGUUAAAAAUUUUUUAGAAAAUCGCUAUUAAAGUGUAAAUUAGACCUUUUCAUGUCUACAAGCUUGUUAAAUAAAAUUUGGAUCCUAAAGUUUGAAAUAUAAAUAAAAAUUUGGG